AUUUUCUUUGAUAUUUUUCCUUAUCGUAAAUAUUUAAUGUUUUUGUAAGAAAACAUUUUCCCUAAGGUUAAAUUUUAAAACUCUCAACAAAUGUAUAAAACUGGAUUCGCUCUAUAUCGGUGAAUAAAACAAGAUGAAUCAACAUGGAACCAUUUGUUCUUGUAGAUAAUUUGAAAUGGUGCGUCUACAAUAUAAUGGAAAGAAAGACACAUAUUCUGAAAGAUAAGUCCAGAAUAUCGUCUCAAAAGUAAACCAGUAAAAACUUACACCACCAAAAAAAUAAAUAAAACUUUGAGAAACCUGUAUGUAAAAGCUACAAAUUUCUGGUGAAGACAGUUUUGUUUCCAGGCAAUUCUGAACCAUAAGGACGUCUAUGGCCGACUUUAGACUCAAUAACAAAGAAAGUUUACCUUCUCGCGCCUAUGUGUAUCUGUCCUCUUAGCUUUGCUGAUUGUGUCAGAUGUCAGUAUAAAUGUUUUGGGUGUCAUUAUGCGCUUGCGCUGUACAUUGACUUUUUGCUGAGGUGUUGGAGAUUUUAUAAUCUGAAAUUUUAUACACAAUUUUGCAUUGUUCUUCUGACUUCUGGCUAAUUGGUGGAAAACAGCUGCAACAGCGUGAUAGAAGGAAUAAUGGAUACCGAGGGAGUACUGAACAAGGAGCUUCUGGAGAAGUUUAAGAAGUCCUUUUAUGCUGAUGAAAAGAACAUACUGGCUCAAAAUGUUUGCUCGCGGACCGAUAUAUUUGAUGUCUGUCUGUCUAGAAAAGUGUUGGAAGAAACUCAGCAUGUUUUUAACCAUAAGAUUGAAGCUGAGGGCAAACCUGUAACGCAUCAGAAGAGCUCUGGACGUUGUUGGCUUUUCGCUGCUUUGAACGCCAUUCGUUUGCCUUUCAUCAAACACUUCAAUUUAGAAGAUUUCGAGUUUUCUCAGGGAUACCUCUUUUAUUGGGAUAAGAUUGAGAGGAGCAACUAUUUUCUCCAUGCUAUUGUGGAAACAGCAAAGAGAAAUGAAGCUGUAGAUGGAAGGACUGUUGCUUGGCUAUUGAAUGAUCCAAUCCCAGACGGAGGCCAAUGGGAUAUGAUUGUCAACCUAGUAAGGAAGCAUGGUGUAAUGCCGAAAAAGCACUUUCCCGAAUCGUUUAGCUGCGAAUCUAGCAUGCGCAUGAAUCUGAUAUUGAAGAGCAAACUAAGAGAAUGUGCCAAGGCGCUCAGGGACUUGGUGACUAAGGGAGCUAGCGAUGCUGAUAUCAAUAGCCUCAUCCAAGAGCAGAUGAGUGAUAUUUACAGGGUGGUAGGAAUCUGUUUAGGAAUUCCGGAUGACACUUUCACCUGGGCUUAUUAUGACAAAAAUAAGACAUACCACAGCAUUGGUCCCAUAACUCCUAAGGAGUUCUACGAAAAACACGUCAAGCCAUUAUUCAAUGUUGAUGAUAAGGUUUGCUUAGUGACUGACCCCCGACCAACAAAUGAAUACGGCAAAUCGUACACCGUUGAUUGUUUAGGAAACAUGGUGGGCGGAAGGCUUUGCAUUUACAACAACCAACCAGUAGAGCUGUUGCUUGAGUUGACAGCUAAGAGCAUCAAAGAGGGAGAAGCUGUCUGGUUUGGUUGCGAUGUUUCCAAGAGAUCCGCGUCCAAGCAAGGAAUACAGGACCUCAAUGUGCAUAAUUUUCCACUUGUGUUUGGCGUUGAUAUACAAAAGACCCUUUCCAAGGCAGACAGACUGAUCUAUGGAGAAAGUGCAAUGUCUCACGCUAUGGUCUUCACUGCCGUCAAUAUUAACGUAAGUUAUUGCUGUUCCCUAACUAGAUUAACUUGGAUGUCUCAAAUCGCUACACCACAUCUUGAUAUCAACUGUUGCUCUCAAUUGCAAAUAUGAAAUUCUGUUAUCAAUCAACUCCGGUGUUGGCGAAUCUGAAACUAACUCCGUGCUUAAUGGGGUAUUAUUUGCAUUAUUGCAUUUUUUAUAGCUGUAUUGGAAAAAUCGUACUUGAAAUCCGUAUAUUAAAGUGAAGUCAUAGCGGAGUUUGCAGGGUAUAUGAGACUGGGAAAAAAAUGAAUUUUAAACUGACAAUUUUUUUUUGAUACUAAAAUAAAUCAUAUCUCACGCGCUAAAAGCGCUAGGAAGCUAAGAAAUAACUCUCGAGUUAGAACACCCGCAAAACGUGUGACAUCAUUUUAUGAAAACAGAAGUUAUUCGUAAAACCUCUAAGUUAUCUCCUAGCUUUUAUUACAUUUUACCAAACUUUGAAUAGCUUGCGAACCCUGUCAUAAAUCCUAUAUUUCCCGCCGAAGGCUCAACGUCAUUCACCUAACAUAUGAUGGAAGGCUAACCUUCUUGUAGACGUACGGCUACAUCCUAAGGACAGGGCGCGGAGGAACUUAUUACGUCACGCUAGAACUUACUACGUCACAGCUUUGGGUCGAAAUUUUAAGAUUCCUCGUUGGAGGGCAAGUGGUGCGUUUCCUCGUUCAGAGAUGCAAAUAUACGACGAUAUAAAAAAUAUUUAUUGCUGUAAUAUAAUACGCGUGCCUGGAUAACAUGUUUCUUACAAACGUUAAAGUCUGUACAAUUAAUAUUUGUUUAUUUCAAGGAUAAUGGAGAAGUGACUAAAUUUAGAGUAGAGAAUUCAUGGGGCGAGGAUCGCGGCGAGAAGGGAUAUUUAUUGAUGACCACCGACUGGUUCAAGGAGUUUACCUUUGAAGUGGUUAUAGAUAAGAAGUUUGUACCUGAAGAGGUACUCAAAGUUUUCGAUUUGGUACCCAUCACUCUGCCGGCUUGGGACCCUAUGGGUACUUUGGCCAAGUGUCAGUGCUGUUAGUAAAGUUACUUGUAGGUUGAUGCGGUCAGCACAGUAUUUAAUAUACAUAUAUUUUAUCGUGUUUUGCCAUUAGGUUACCAUUCUUUUCAUAUUAAUUAUGGAUCAUCAUCUGUAAAUAAGGAUCAUAGAAUGAUGAUGAAUUAAUUAUAUUUCAAUUAAUUGUUUUCAUUACUUCACUAAUAACAAAUAGAAAUACGUUUUUUAUGUGUGACAUGAAAAAUUAACGAUACCAUGAUGUAAAAUAUAAAUUUUUGGAAACUAAAA